CUGUGAUUGGUUCAGAACGCCUGCUGUCAUUCGACUCACCCGCCCCCGCGCUUUGUACUCAGCCUCGAAAGCAAAACAUGGUCGUUGCCUGUUUCCAGACCAACUGCAUUACACAAAAUAAUUAUAGCCUACCUUGUAUAUUGAUAUGGAUAUGAGAAGCUCCAACCGCACGAAUCCUCAGUUCAGAGCUGGUUCUUACAGAUCAGGAAGGAUAUCCUCCAUCGCCCCCACGCGAACGGAUAGUCUUCCGCCGUACCCAUCAUCUGCCGUAGAUCCCAAAAACCCCAAACGGAUCCUCAAACAUCUAGAAAGCGGCACAUGGCCGGAUGGACCGCCAUGUAAUUCCUGUUCGUCACUCAUUUCGCUUUUUACAGCCACGGGAAAGCCCCGAAGACAUGCGCGGUUCGAUUCAAAGAACGCCUUGGAACAUUUGGAAAGUUUCUCAGUGUUGGCAGAAUCGAGUAGGAGUUGUGGUUUGUGUGCAUUAAUACUGUCUUGCUGCAACAAGUCCUUAUCGUGGGCCAGCUACGAUAGAAUUAUUGAAACGCACAGAAGUCUAGCCUGCACUGGAAAUAUUGCGGAUGCUGAAAUAGAUGAAAGGGAGGGCGAAGAGGAACCACUUCGCGUAAUACUCGAGGAGUGUUAUGGGUCUGGAAAGUUGAUCUCUGAGCUUCGGGUAACAAUCCAGUCGCGCUUUGGCAAUGCUUGGCCCAGGUACAUUGCCGAUGACGUUUUAAGGGUUUAUUCCGAUAAAGGUAUAUUGUCAUUUUCUAUUUUUCACAUACUUCCUUCAGGCUAUGAUCAUUGUCUGUCACACUCAUUCAAAAGUACCACACAUGAAAGCUAAGUGAGGUUACAUCAUCUAUCAUGCUUUCGAACUUCCCCAAAUAACGCAUCUGAACAUGACAAUAUUAAUAGACUGUGCUAAUCAUUCAUUACUACAUAGGAAACAUAGCUUCGGCGAAGGUUCAAGGACGUCCUGUCUCGGAAAGAGGUUCUGAUCCUGGCACGUUAAAACUGGCACAAGAAUGGGUAGAGGAUUGUGUUCACAACCACCCUGAAUGUAAUUGGGUACAGCAUCACCCCACACACGGUUCGUCAGUGCAUUACUCCAGUGUCUCCAAUAUGGUUAAAGGAAAAGCGAAGCUCCUUGCCGGAGUGCCAAUCGAACCAUUACUUCCUGCCCGCGUUAUUGACAUUGGUACUUCUGACCACCAACAACCUCGAUUGCUUAUUUCGACUGGCAAGAGGGCAAAGUGGGCUGCACUUAGCCAUCGCUGGCCGGAGGACGGACAACAAAUUUUCACCUUGGUUUCAGAGAAUAUCAAAGAAUUGGAGCGCAUGAUUCCAAGAGAAAAUCUCGCCGCCACAUUUCAAGAUGCUCUGAAAUUGACAAGAACGCUUGGUCUCAGAUAUCUCUGGAUUGAUUCUCUCUGUAUCAUCCAGAACUCCCCCGAGGAUUGGAACGAACAAUCUUCUCAAAUGCCCAUAAUCUACAAGAAUGCUUAUGUCACGAUUGCCGCCGCAGCAACAAGCGAUUGUCUAGGUGGAUUUCUUGGAGAGCGUGACUGGGUACCAGCAUCCAGGCCAUUCGAGUUGACGGACAGACCGGCCUAUGAGUGGUCGGAGUAUAGCAAUCCUUAUCAGGCUUCGGUAUAUUUCGAAUUUCCGAUCGACCGUAAUCAUAAGAGAGAUGCGACUACAAAGACGGAUAACGUAAACUACCUCGCUUAUCGGGCUUGGUGCUUCCAAGAAUCUACACUCAGUCACCGUUUACUCACGUUUAAUCGAUUGCAAAUGUCCUUUACAUGCUUGAGGCAUGGCCUUUGCGAAAGUCGCGAAACAGUUCCGGCGGUUGCGAGAGAAUACAGGAACGCAUUCCCGGCUUCUUUCCAAGGAGAGGUAUCAAAUGACUUCGGCAAGCUGCAGACUGCACUGAAAUCCUGGUACGCCGUUUUGACUGAUUACACCAACCGAGAUCUCACCUUUCCGAGCGAUAAACUUGUGGCAAUAUCAGGUAUCGCAAAGGUCGUUGGCGCGUUCCUCAAGGAUAAAUACUUCGCAGGACUGUGGGGCAAGAGUCUCCCACACAGCCUUCUAUGGUCUCCAUACGACGAAGAAGACUUCUUGGAGCCUGGCCAAGUAUUAGCUUAUCCAGCAACUCCAUCGCUAGAAUAUCGCGCUCCUUCUUGGUCUUGGGCCUCGGUGGACGGGCGCAUCUCCAGUUUCUUCUGCCGAGUAAUACCUUCCGAGCCGGUAGCUGCAAAUGUAGUGGACAUUGAGACAGAGACGACUGGACCGGAUGAAUAUGGACAAGUUACCUCUGGUAGCCUCAUAAUUGAGGGGCCAUUUAAGGUGGCUUUUCGGGGUCAUGUUCUCCCCAGCUGGCCAUACCAACCACAGCUUUGUUGGAACGCGAAUUGUCAGACAGGAGGUGACGAUAUCUCGCAUUGUAUCUUCGAUACCUUCACACCGCCACUGGGAAGCCAACUGUACUGUUUACAGAUUACUCGUAAAUACGGUCUUCUUUUGGCAUCAAGGCAAAAUAGUAAUCCGAACAUACCGUAUCAAGCGAAUGAGUUUGUGCGGAUUGGGGUAUUCCACUUGCGCUUGAAGGAUGUGGAUAAUGUGAAGACGCCAAACGUGUUUUCUGAUAACGAUAUCAAGACGGUUCAUAUUUUCUAA